UAUGUCUUCUCAAAAGUUCAAGGUUAAAAAGCUUAGAGAUUAAAAGCCUGAAGAUCUUAUAAAAGAUUUAGAGAAACUCAAAGGAGAACUUAUUUAAUUGCGAACAGUUAAAGUUUCAGCUGGUAAUGCUUAAAAACUUGGCAGAAUUGGAGUAAGCAACUAAUCAAUUAAUUAAGCUUGUUAGAAAGCGAAUUGCUAAAUAUUUAACAGUGAUCAAUGAAUAAAGAAGAAAUUCUGUGAAAAAUGCAGCCAAAUCAAUUACUAAACUCCCAGUUGAUCUUAGAGGUAAAAAAACAAGAGCAAUUAGAUAAAGACUCACAAGAAGCGAAAAAGGUAAUAAUAAAUGAUAAAUAAAUUAAGCAUAAAAAACAUAAAGACAAUGGAAAAGAUUGAACAAUUUCCCAUUAAGAAAGUUUGCUUUAAAAGAAUGAUC